AUGCGCAAACAGCGCCGUCCCUUCCUGAAAUCUAACUGCCGCACGCAAGUCCACACAGCCGGCUUGUCACACCUCAGGUUCCUGGACGUCCGUCGGGCUCGUUGCUGGAUCGUCGCCAUGGAAAACACCACAUGCUGUGCUUUCGAAUCGCCCAUACUGGAUCAGGUCCUACCUCCAAUCCUGGUUCUGGAGUUCAUGUUCGGCCUUCUUGGGAACUUCGUGGCCCUCUCCAUGUUCAUCUUCUACAUGGACGCCUGGAGGCCCAAUUCCAUUUAUCUCACUCACUUGGCAGUGGCUGACUCUGUGGUGCUCUUUUGUUUGCCCUUUCGAGCCGAUUACUACCGGAGAGGCAAAAACUGGAUUUACGGGGACGCCCUCUGCCGUAUUUUACUCUUCCUCCUGGCGGCCAAUCGGGCAGCUGGCAUCUUCUUCCUCACAGCAGUGGCGGUGGACCGCUACCUGAAGAUCGUCCAUCCGCUGAACCGUAUCAACCGCAUGGGGCUCAGUUACGCUCUGUGGGUCUCCUGUGGUCUGUGGUGUCUCAUCGUAGCCAUGACCGCGUACCUACUCACAGAAGAGCAUUUCUUUUUCCGCAAUAACCGCACUCAGUGCGAAAGCUUCAACAUAUGCAUGGGGAGCAAUCCGCUUUCCAACUGGCACAACGCCUUCUAUGUUAUCCAGUUCUUCUUGCCAACCAGCAUCGUCAUUUUCUGCACGACAUGCAUCUCGUGGCAGCUGAAGAGCAAGACCGUGGACACUCAGGGCAAAAUCAAAAGGGCUGUGCAGUUUGUGUUCGCCGUUGCUCUGGUCUUCAUCACCUGCUUCUUUCCCAGCACGAUUUCUCGCGUGGCGGUGUGGGUACUGAAAGCUUGGUACAAUGAGUGCUCUUAUUUCCGCGAGGCCAACCUGGCUUUCUAUACCUCUGUCUGUUUUACGUAUUUCAACAGUGUGCUGAACCCUCUGGUGUAUUAUUUCUCUAGUCCUGCAUUCAGUGGAACCUUCCAGAAACUCUUUCAGAGACUCCUAGGGAGAAAAACAGAUGAGGAUACACCACACACUGACAGAAAUAGAAGUGUGGGCACAGAAUCAGGUGGUUUUUGA